AUGGCUCCCGGCUCCGGCCUCCCUGCCUCUCCCGCUGAGUGCAGGCGGAGAGCACGGGAGGCGCCCGAGGGCAGGGUCUGGGGCUGCGCGAUGCCGGGCACAGUGCUCCUGCUGCUUGCCUACCUGACUUACCUGGCACUGGGCAGCGGCGUGUUCUGGCUGCUGGAGAGCCCCACGGCGCACGAUUCCAGCAAGAGAUUCCAGCAAGACAAGUGGGCACUGCUGCGGAACUUCACCUGUCUGGAUGACCCGGCGCUGGACUCGCUGAUCCGGGGCAUCAUCCGAGCCUACCAAAAUGGGGACAUCGUCCUUGACAACACCACCAGCAUGGGGCGCUGGGAGUUUGUGGGCUCCUUCUUUUUCUCCGUGUCCACCAUCACCACCAUCGGCUAUGGCAACCUGAGCCCCCGCACGAUGGGCGCCCGCCUCUUCUGCAUCUUCUUUGCUCUCGUGGGGAUUCCGCUCAACCUCGUGGUGCUCAACCGACUGGGGUAUCUCAUGCAGCAGGGGGUGCACAGCUGCACCCGCAAGCUGGGGGUCACCUGGAAGGACCCGGCCAAGGCCCAGUGGCUGGUGGGCUCCAGCGCCCUCCUGUCCGGCCUCCUGCUUUUCCUGCUGCUGCCCCCGCUGCUUUUCUCCCACAUGGAGGGCUGGAGCUACGUGGAGGGCUUCUACUUCUCCUUCAUCACCCUCAGCACCGUGGGCUUCGGCGACUACGUGAUCGGGAUGAACCCCUCCCGGAAUUACCCUCUGUGGUACAAGAACACAGUGUCUCUGUGGAUCCUCUUUGGGAUGGCAUGGCUGGCCUUGAUCAUCAAACUGAUCCUCUCCCUGCUGGAGGCUCCACGAGGAACGUAUCCCUGCUACUGCCACAGCUCUAAGGGGAGCUUCAAGCCCCAAAGCUGGAGGCAGGGCCUGGAUGGGGAGGCAGAGACCCACUCCCCACAGCCAGGCUGCUAUCUGGAGGGACCUGUAAUCAUGAAUCGCCCAGAACCCUCUGUUCAAGUCUCAUGCUGUGAAAAGGACAGCUAG